UUUAGACACUUUGCACGUACCGUGUGAAACAUAAACAUUUGUCGUUUGUAUUUUAUUUAUUGUAUUGUGUUCUUUUUUUUAAAUUAUUCUACCGCAAGUGUCUUGAAAAGUGAACCAUGGCAUCCAGAAAAAAACUCUUCGAAAUGCUCAAUCGAGUCAAAAUUGAAGAAGAACAGCAUGAAAUAUCAGAUAUAUCAACAAAUGCUUCAAGCACGGUGAGCUCCAAUGUUCAAAGCGGAGCUGGUCGUGGAAGAUUAUUUCGAUCUGAUCUAUUAGAUAAGCCGAUUAACGUGGUCACAGAUAACUCAACGAGAUCCAAUACACCAUCCGACUCUGGAAAUGUCUCCGGGGCCAGCAGUGAAUCGGCUGGUCUAAAUGCGCUUGAAAUAAAAGCAAAAAAACGAGGAGACAAUGGUACCCCGAUUUCCUUAGCCGUAAACUACAUUUCAAUCUCAUGUAAACCGGACAUAUCAAUUUUCGAGUAUGAAGUUAGCUUCGAGCCAAACAUUCAUUCAAAUAAAAUUCGUCGUGGUUUAUUGGCCGGUGUAAUAAAAGCUGUGAUGCCUGUUUUUACUUUCGAUGGAGUGUCAUUAUAUUUGCCUCAAAAAUUCCCAGAUAAAAUAACAAACUUUCGAACAAGUAAUCGUACCGAUAAUAUUCCAGUCGAAGUGGUCAUAACGUAUCGGCGCCAAAAGCCGAUGAAAGAAUGCAUCCAUUUCUACAAUGUUCUCUUCAAGCAAGUCAUGCUAAAAUUGGAAUAUGUGCAAUUUGGAAAGAAAAUGUUCGAUCCAACGUGUCCAAAAAUAAUACCGCAUCGACAGUUGUCAAUUUGGCCGGGAUAUGUCUUUGCUUGUGACGAAUUCGAUGAAGGUUUAAUGCUACAAGUGGAUACGUCGCAUCGUGUUUUGUUCGAUACCAAAGUGUCGGAUAUUUUGCGAAGAAUUCAAAUGAGCUGCCAACAACAUCCUGGACAAAAUUUCAAAGAUUUAGUUUUGAAAAGUCUUAUUGGUACUGUCGUCCUGACUCCAUAUAAUAAUAAAACAUACACUAUUGACGAUGUGGAUUUUACACAAUCGCCCAUGAAUACAUUCAAAGUGGCCAACGACAAAGAAACGACAUAUGUUGAUUACUAUAAAAGGAAUCAUGGCGUUGAUAUUCAUGAUCAUGACCAACCGUUGUUGCUAUCGUAUAGAAUGCGAAAAAUGAUGGCCAAAAAUGGACACGUUCAAGAGGAGCAGACAACCGUUUGUUUGAUUCCAGAACUGACUCAAAUGACCGGAUUAACCGAUGAAAUGAGAAAUGAUAGAUCGGUAAUGCGUGACCUGGCAUCAACCACAAGAAUGAAUCCAAAUCAGAGAAUCGAAGCUGCACAAAAGUUUAUUGAAAAGGUUAAUCAAACACCGUCAGCCAGAGAAGUGCUGGACAAGUGGGGAUUGCGAUUAACAGAUGAUAUAUUGAGAGUCCAAGGUCGUCAAUUGCCUGCAGAGGCAAUAAAAUUCGGCAAUAAAAUUAUUGAAAAUGUUAAGGGUGACUUUGGCAAUCAAAUUGGCAAUGCAGUACUAUUUGAAGUUGUUGACUUGAGUGAAUGGAUGUUAAUCUAUACGCGACAGGACACAAAAUACAAGGAGGAAUUUCUCGACAAUGUCAGACGAUGUGCUGGGCCGAUGGGCUUGCGAUGGAAAGACCCUAUUCAGCAUAUGCUUAAAGAUGAUCGAACCGAAACCUAUGCGGUCACAUUGCGCAAGCAUGUUCAUCCAAAUCUGCAAAUGGUUGUAUUCAUUUGCCCAACUUCCCGUGACGAUCGUUAUGCAACAAUUAAAAAGAUUUGCUGCGGCGAAAGACCCGUUGCAUCACAAGUUAUAAAUUCCAAAACUUUAUCAAACCAAGCAAAAAAUCGUUCGAUCGUUCAAAAGAUAUUGAUGCAAAUGAACUGUAAAUUGGGCGGAUCGUUGUGGACCAUCAGAAUACCAUUUAAAAAUGUAAUGAUUUGUGGCAGCGAUACCUAUCAUAAUCCAAGUAAGAAGGAAAAAUCCGUAUCUGCAUUUGUUGGAUCACUCAAUGCGACAUACACAAAAUGGUAUAGUAAAGCAACAAUCCAAGCAAGUCGCGAAGAACUCUCACAUGGUCUAGCCAUUUCUGUGGAAAAAGCAUUGAUGGCAUAUAAAGAAUACAACGGGGUUUAUCCCGACCGGAUUGUCAUGUAUCGUGACGGCGUUGGUGAUGGCCAAUUUGCAUUGUGCAAAGAAUUCGAAUUCAUACAAAUAAAAAAUGCGUGCCGUUUGAUUGACGCCAACUACAAUCCAUCAGUGACCUUCAUUGUCGUUCAAAAACGCGUCAACGCUCGAAUUUUUGCGGUUGACGAGAGGAGAAAUGAUUUUGAGAAUCCGCCGCCUGGAUGCGUUUUGGAUCAUUCUAUAACUCGUCGUGGAUUAUUCGAUUUUUAUUUGGUGUCACAGCAAAUGAGACACGGCACAGUCACACCGAGCCAUUACGUUGUAAUCGAAAAUGAAUGCCAAUUAAAUCCCGAUAUUCUGCAACAAUUGUCAUACAAACUCACCUAUCAGUACUUCAAUUGGCCGGGCUCAAUUCGAGUUCCAGCGCCUUGCCAAUACUCGCACAAGCUGGCAUUUUUGGUUGGAGAAUCCAUUAAGCGAGAAGCAUCCGAAGAAUUAAACGAAAAACUCUAUUAUCUGUGAACAUAUCGACCACCAUUUUUUCCAUUGCUCUCAUUUUCAUUUAAAGUGAUGUUUUUUUUUUCAAUAUUUCCUCCUGUUUUUAAUUGAAUGAUAUUUUUGUAUAGAAAGGAUGAUAGAUUUUAAUAAUUCUUUAUUUUUCUGUAUAAAUUGACGUUUAUAUAAAUAAUGAAUAAAAAA